GAGAGAGAGAGAGAGAAAAAAGAAAGAAAGAAAGGAAAGAGGGAAAAACGAGUUGGCGCGAGAAACGAGUGUGCGAGAAACCUAACCCACGAGGACUGUUAACAUGUACUGACGCCACUGCUAACAUCUCCUCGUGACCCUUUCAAAAUGGCGGACAAGAAUAAGAUUCCGCUCUGGCCGCUGCUACCUUAUCCGACCAGUCUAUUGAAUCAUUGGUACAGCCAGCUUUGUUUCAAUAAUAGAAUAUUGGAGAGCAUCAAGAUGCCCAGGACAAGCUUUCACAUUCAUGACAUCCUGCAGCUUGAUUCCAAGCCGUCCCAGGAAGAAACGGAGGUACAAGGUAGUACCACGGUGCUACCGACCACGAACGAUGUUCCGUCGGCGUAUCAACAGUUCUUCGAGCACACGACCGCCAUGUUGCAACCCGCGAUAUACGCGAACUUGAACAGAGGCACUCUGCCACCGCCACCACCUGGAUUACUCGGCUGGCCGACUGGUCCAACGUUACCAACUACCCUACCUCAGCCUUUGGAGGAAGUUAAUGUGCUACAGCAGCCAGACUCGACGAGUCCAACGAUCUCGGACCUGUCGUUCCCACCGAAGCAAGAGGCAAGCCACGAGUGCAAGGAGGAGGAAUCGGCGGAGUUCGAGGACGAGCAACAAGCAAACGAGGCACAGCCGCACGAGACGGAGCACAAGAAACGAAAGAGGCGAGUCCUGUUCUCCAAAGCUCAAACGUUCGAGCUCGAGAGACGUUUCCGGCAACAGAGAUACCUAAGCGCGCCGGAGAGGGAGCACCUGGCCUCGAUUAUUCGACUGACGCCCACGCAGGUGAAGAUCUGGUUCCAGAAUCACAGGUACAAGACGAAAAGAGCGGCCACCGAGAGGGUGGAAGCUAGCGGCAGUGGAUGCUCGCCGAGGAGAGUGGCGGUGCCGCUGUUAAUCAAAGAUGGGAAACCUUGCCAGUCGAAACUGAUGGAACCAGCCACGUAUCCGAGCUCCGGCCAGGUUCCUAUGCCCCCUUACAUGCAGAAACCGUACUGGUGGUAAAAUCAGGAAUGAUGGACUAUGGUUGAGUCAUCGUCAUCGUGGACUAUGUCGGUACUUGUUGGUGCUGGGAUUGUCUGAGUUUGUGGGGAUGCUGAUGGUUGUAGGAAUAGGUUUGUGAACGAAACAGAAGAUUGUCGAGUGAUCAAAAUUUGGUGAAGCAUGAUAGUGAAGAAUGGCUGGAUACUCUUUUCAGGAAGAAAGAAGAGAGCACGUCUUCUUUUUUACGAACGAAACUUCUGUCGACUUUGGCGAACAGAUUCUGUGAAACAAGGUGGAAUGAUGAUUAUUGGAUCACAAAUGACGAAAAUUCUUCAGUGGUCUUUUUGUGAAUGAAACUGUUGAUUAUGGCGGACAGAUUCUGUGAAACAAGAUGAAAUGAUGGUUAUUGGAUCACAAAUGACGAAAAUUCUUCAGUGGUCUUUUUGUGAAUGAAACUGUUGAUUGUGGCGGACAGAUUCUGUGAAACAAGGUAGAAUGAUGAUUAUUGGAUCACAAAUGACGAAAAUUCUUCAGUGGUCUUUUUGUGAAUGAAACUGUUGAUUAUGGCGGACAGAUUCUGUGAAACAAGAUGGAAUGAUGAUUAUUGGAUCACAAAUGAUGAAAAUUCUUCAGUGGUGUUUGGUGAAUGAAACUGUUGAUUAUGGCGGACAGAUUCUGUGAAACAAGAUGGAAUGAUGGUUAUUGGAUCACAAAUGAC